GGAAUAUACCCUAAAUUAUGUUAAAACAAUGUCAUUUUUAUGAUAUCUUUCUGGCGUUGGCAAUAUGUUAUCCAUAAGUAAUCCCCUAUAUGCAUGGCGGGAAAUUGCGGCUGAUCAAUUAGUGCCGAUUCGUUAACACGGAAGUGGAUGUAUUCUGCCCCAGCUUCGAUUAUAGUUUGACUGGUUUGCUGUGUUAGCUUACUCUUACGUUAUUUACGUACCGCAAAUAUACUUUCAUAAUAUUUAACAUUGAAAAACGGAACGCUUCAUUUGUGCAUCAUAACUAUGUGGUCCAAUUUUGAGACAAGUCAAAGCAUGGGCGGUGGAUUUCUUGACAACAGUCAAGCAGGACCAAGUGGGAAGACAGAGCCAAAAAGAGGACAAAAACUUUUUCCUGUAAUGAUAGUUCAUCUUAAUAAUUUAAAAGAUGAUUUGGAAACGAGAAGUCAUUCUCUUCCUAUAUUUACAUUUAUUGGAAUAGUACGUAAAAUUCAGCGUGUUACAACUAAGAUAACUUAUCAUAUUGAAGACGAAACAGGUAGCAUAGUGGCUCAUUUGUGGUUAGAAGCAGAUGAUGAAAAAGCUGCACCAAAUAUUACAGAAAAUAGAUAUGCACGUGUCUACGGAGUUCUUCGUAAACAGGGGGAUCAGCCACACAUUAUGAUUUUACGAAUCUGGUCGCUUCAAAGCAUGAAUGAACUCACGAGUCACCUUUUGGAAGUUACAUAUAUUAUGCUAAAGGCUAAAAAAAUGUCUGGAGAACAGCAAAGCGAUUCCACAGUACCACAAAAUCAAAAUGUAUUGGAAACAGAGGCCAAAUUUAUAAGUGGUAUGACACCAGAGCAACAUACUAUUUUUCAAAUUAUUCAUGCUGAAAAUAAUUCUGAAAGUGGUAUUUCGAGAGAAACAAUUAAACAAAGAGCACCCAUAAAUAUUAAGGCACAAGUUGAUAAUAUUCUUGAAUUCCUCGCCUGUGAAGGUCACAUUUAUACAACUUGUACAGAAGACCAAUUUAAAACAACCUGAGUUUACUUAUUAUAUAGGAUUAUGGAUGUUUGGAAGAAUGUUUGUAAUACUUACUAAUAUUUUUAAUCCUUCAUACUGUCAAAAAUAUGUAUUUUUGUUAUUAUUAAAUAAUUUCUGACAAAGGUA